GUUAGAAACUUAACUGAUUUAGUCAAUUGUGUAGGAUGUGAUUUGUGUACAUCUGUUUUUAUUAGACAAAGUACCUUACAUAUCCACUAAAUUAAAUUAUCAACCCUGCCUAUAUAAAAAUCUCCACACCUUCUGAUAUUAUUUUGCAACUACGUUAACCACGAUGCACUUUUUUUUAUGAUGUCACUGGAAUCGUCACAUGAUUACGACUGGAGUUGUCACAUGAUUGUGUGAUUUGUUUUAAUGUAGUUGCUACAUCAGCAACAAUUUCAGUGCAGACACUGCCGGAUAACCCAGACUUCGGAGAGACAGCCGGGAGGUCGAAGAGAGGGUUGACUGAUGUUUCACACUACAUCAACUCUAAAGAUGAACUGACAAGCAAUCAUUUGUUUUCUAAAAGUCACAAGCCACGGGAACCCAUCACCUGACCCCUAACCUGCGACCCCAGUCUGAACACACUUCAGUUUUGGAUAGUGUUGGGUGAAUUGGAGGUCUUUUGAAGUGGUGUGUCAGUGGCGUGGUCUCCCAUGGCUAUUAACAGUUCAGUUGGGGACUGGGUUGAGGCUGGGAGUGAAGAUGCGGGCGAAAGGGCGUGGCUACUGCAGAGUCCCAGUGUGGAGUCCGUCCGACCGUCUGGGUCAGACCGGGAGGGAAGGGGCGGGGUGUCGGCCAUGGCUGCUGUCUUCAUCGUGGUGAAUGCCGCGCUUGGGGCAGGACUGCUCAACUUUCCUGCCGCUUUCAACAUGGCCGGUGGUGUGACGGCAGGGGUGGUGCUACAGAUGUUCAUGCUGAUUUUCAUUAUCAGCGGUCUGGUGAUCCUGGCAUACUGCUCCCAGGUCAGUAAUGAGGGCACCUAUCAGGAGGUGGUACGGGCCUCGUGUGGGAAGGUCACAGGGGUCAUCUGUGAGGUGGCCAUUGCGGUCUAUACUUUUGGUACCUGCAUCGCCUUCUUCAUAGUCAUUGGAGACCAGCUAGAUCGCUUGAUAGCUGCAAUAACGCAUUUGCCAGACGGUGCGGUUGGUGGUCACUGGUAUCUAGACCGUAAGUUCACGAUUUGUGUCAUCGGCAUCCUGGUCAUCCUCCCUCUGUCCAUCCCCAAAGAGAUUGGCUUCCAGAAAUACGCCAGUGCGCUGAGUGUUAUUGGCACCUGGUAUGUGACCAUAGUCAUUGUCCUGAAAUACGUCUGGCCUGAUAAGGAGAUGACCCCCGGUUAUAUUCCCACCAGCCCGUCCUCCUGGAGUGCAGUGUUGAACGCCAUGCCCACCAUAUGCUUCGGUUUCCAGUGUCAUGUAAGCAGUGUUCCUGUGUUUAACACCAUGCGCAGCAGUGAGAUCAGGUCAUGGGGAGUUGUGGUCACCGUCGGCAUGAUCAUCUGCCUCUUUGUCUACACUGGUACCGGUGUCUGUGGCUUCCUGACGUUCGGGGCUAAUGUCAGUCAGGACAUUCUGAUGUCUUAUCCGCCUAAUGACAUUGCCGUGGCGAUCGCAAGGGCCUUCAUUGUGGUCUGUGUGGUCACCUCCUAUCCCAUUCUGCACUUUUGUGGCAGGGCGGUGCUGGAGGGGCUAUGGCUGCGUUUCCAAGGUGAGCAGGUGGAGGUUUGUGUGAGGCGUGAGGGGAGACGUAGGUUGUUGCAGACCCUGGUGUGGUUCACACUCACACUCAUCCUUGCACUCUUCAUCCCCGACAUUGGCCGGGUCAUCUCCCUUAUUGGAGGACUGGCAGCCUGCUUCAUCUUCGUCUUUCCAGGUCUGUGUCUGAUUCAGGCCAAGCUCUCAGAAACAGAGGUCCGAACUACUAGCUGGUAUGCCAUCGUGGUCUAUGGUGUUGUCAUGGUUACCAUUGGUGCGUUCAUCUUUGGCCAGACCACUACCAACUCCAUCUAUCAGGAUGUGAUCCAUCAUCUGAACAGACAGUAGGAUUCUGAGGUGGAGGAGUCUUGGAUGGGUGAACAGGACCAGUGCUACAGGCCAAUGCUGCUAUUCAGAAAAUGUUUCACUGACCAGGAUGAGAAGGAUCCGACACAUGCAAAUACAAUCCCUCCUGCGACCUCUCGCCUCCUGCAUGCUGUACGUCUGACCUCCUGUUGAGGAAACCUCUCCAUAGCACUUCUGGAAUGGAAAGGUUUUGACCGGAGCGCCAAGUGUGACCACUGACUAGGAGGCUGACAUGCUUCCAUCUGAUUUUAGAUUUAUUUUUUUUUCUGUAAUGGACAGUGUUCUCUGUGGGGUUUUUUCCACUUUGUGGGCUGCAGUACUAAAUCCAUUUGGACAUUUUUAGCCCUUCCCUCGGUCUGUCCUUGUUAUCCCAGCAUGCUCUACAGUACUUCACCCCAGGUGGCGUACAAUCCCCCAAAUUACUUUGCAGUGGGAGAGGGCACCUGUUUCCAAUGAGUGUCUUCACCGAUGAGUACUGAAAAUAUCAAGUGUUUUUAAGAAUGUGUCCAAACAUUCCCUGACAUUUUUAUAUGGAUAUUACAGACAUUAGACAGGUGUGAAGAGGUAUCCUGAGUUAGUUUUUAAACCUGUGUAGUGUGGCAAGUAUUUUAAAGUUGUAAUAUAUUUUAUAUUUCAGUCAUGUCUUAGUCUAUUGUGGUUAAAUAAUUGUAUCAAGUCUGUCUUUAAAUAGACAUACACUAAUGUGCUUUACUGAGAGAGAUUAGAUUUUACACACCUAAGGGACAAAAAGCAAUCAUGUUCAAAGGGAUUGUUCCUCAGGGCAGAGAUGACUGUUCAACAAUUACUUGAAUGAUAUUGGAAAUGCUUGAAAUUGAAUCAAACUUUAUGGCUUUGUCUUACAAUUUGUUUAGCAUAAUUGAUGCCAAGGGAAGUAUGAUACAUUUGUGUAAAUAAGUAUGCUUUCUGAUCUGAAGCAGUUUAGUCAUCUGAUAAUCUUAUCUUGAAUUGUCCUGGUAGGAAUUAAGCUCUAAUUGAUUAUAGUCAUUGAAUUCAAAUGGUCAGUUUUGUUUUAACCUUUAACCCUGGGAGAACACAGUCGAUUGUUGACUAGUGACCGGUGUAUGCUGAUCGUUGUCUACCUGAUUGUCUUCAAGCAACUAAAAUGAUGUAAAUCUUCUGGGAUUAGAGAACAUCUUUCGUCCUACAUAUCUACAUUAUUUACUACAUGCAAUGAAACAAAUGUCACAAAAGGUUGGGUGGUGUAGUUGGACCAACAUGUUUAUCAAAGCUGAUGUUGAGGGGAAUUGCACUGACACUACAUGAACUACACAGAAACAGAAUUAUAUGGAACAGUGGUAUACAAUGUUCUUAUUUGAUUAGGUGAUAAACUAACUGGCCAGUCACAAAAUAAAACCCAUCACUGACAGUCCACAUA